UCGACACAUGGCGUGGAGCCAGUUUGCUCCUUCUAGUUUCGCGGAGAGGUUCGGCUUUUAACAGUUAAAUAUAUUCCUAUUAAAAAUUUGUGAUAGUACUUAAGAGGACGCCAAAUGGAGGAGAACACAGAGAGCUCGGAAGGGCAGCGAGUGACGCGGGCCCGCACCCGCCGUAUGUCCUUGCUGGAUACGGACAGCCGUCCCGGGACACCCCAAUUAGAUAGUGCGGCCGAACGAGGCACUGCCUCGCCGCGUCCCACUCGCCGUACUCGAUUGAACUCUGCCACCAUGGACGUGCGCACGCCGACUCGCGCCACCCGAUCUUCGGUGGCCCGUGGUGAGACCCCAGAGCCCUCCACUCCCUCGUCUGUUAAGAGAACCGCUCGUACUCCGGCCAAAGCCACCAGGUCCGUUAUGAAGCAGCUGCCUCUCAAAGAGGAAACAGCAGAAGAGAUGGAUGCGAAGCAGGAGGAACAAGUGGAGCGCACUGGGACUCCCGUUGGCGACAGACGUGUGACUCGCUCCAUGUCGCAGACGCCCCCCUCUGUUAAUAGAUCCACGAGCGCCACGCCUCCAUCGCAACCCGAUAGCAAGGUUUCCUCUGAAGAAAAACAAACAGCCGCGUCUGGUGAGCUGAAAGAGGAGCAAGAUAAGAAGAAAGAAGUGGAGACUAAGGAAAAGAAACAAAAUGCUCAGUUUACAAACAAGUUUUCUGUCCGUCUGGAGAAGACUCCCCUCAAACGGGCAUCCGAGAACACACCGCGCAAGGACUCCUCUGAGUCUGCCAAGAAGACCAAGUCUUCAGACGUGGAAAUAGAUGAAAACAACUUCCCAGUGGAAAAAAUAAAAGCAUUAAAUGAAUCGUCGUCCACUGACAAGAAGACAGUCGCCCCAGCAGUCGAAAUAUUUGAAAACAACUCCCCAGUGGAAAAAAUAAAAGCAUUAAAUGAAUCGUCACCCACUGACAAGAAGACAGUCGCCCCAGCAGUGGAAAUAGUUGAUAACAACCUCCAAGUGGAAAAAAUAAAAGCAUUAAAUGAAUCUUCCCCCAACCUCUCGAAGGUUUCCAAGAAACCUGAUGGCAAAGAGACUGACCCCGAGGAGUCUUUGAAAAAAACAGUCGUUCCCGAACCAGAGGAACAACCUCACAAACUUGAUGAGAAAACUUUGAGCCCGGAGCUGCAGACCUCUACUGGAGAGGCACCCAAAGAAUUGUCCGGUUCUCCGUCUCCUAAGAAUUUAGAAUCAAAUGGUCUAGCGACUUCUCCAUUAAAGGCCAAAACUCCAAUUAAAAAGGAACAGUCCAAGGAGAUUGUAAAGGAAAUAACUCCCCAACAAGAAAAUUCCCAGACACUUCCCGAAAAGGAAGUUUCUCCAGCCAAAUCACCCAAGAAUGUAUCCUCGGAUGAAUUGUUUUUGGAUGCCGAGGAGUCGCCAGAGGAGCUGGACAAUCUGAAAUCUACUCCUAACAAAGAAAAGGAGGUUGAGACCGAUCUCACAGCAAAACAGCCAACAGAGCCUGUGACUGCCAAAGAUAUCGUCGAGUCACCAGAGCCAAUGGACGUGGAUGAGGCUAUUGAUGAUGAGGAAGAAAACGUGGAUCUGGUUGAGGAGACUGUCGAAGGCUCUCCCAAGUUGGAGCAGAAGAAAACUGUGGGUUUCAAAGGAGGUGACGGGGAUUCCCAUGACGAGAAGACACGCUUUCCCAAGACUCCGGGUCGGGACAAAGGCACAAUAAACCGAACAAACAUUUUAGUCCCGGAGACCCCCAUCCGGACCCCCAAGCCUGCCGCCCUCAGCAAGGGCCGCAGCAGCUCCACACCAAUAGCUAAAGACCAAUUGCCCAGCAAGGCAGAACUUCACCAGGCUCCUCCUGAAAUCGAUGUCAUUAAGCCCUUCAGUCAGCUCGAAUCUGAGAAAAAAGAGAAACUUCACGACACAUCGUCCAGCAAGACAGCAAAGUCUCCCAAAAUUCUGAAGCUGUUUAGUGACGACGAAUUCGAAGAAGAUAACGACUCUGAGAACGAGUGCGAGUUCGUUGAAGACCAGGCGGUGGAGGCUCCGGGGAAUUAUCAGUCUGGUGACUCAAUGGACAGUUCGACACGUCGCGAGGUCGAGGAGAACGAGAUUCCUUCCCACGGCGAGUCUGUGGGUAGUCAGGACACCGAAGAAGAGUCGCACGGGGAGGAGGAGGAGAACGAAGAUGAUUCCUUUGUGGUUUCCGACGACGAUGAGGAGGAGGACUUGGGCGCACUCUGCUUCUCCAACGACGAGGAAGAUGAGAGUGAGGUCGAGACUGAGAAAAAACGCGAAUCAAAGGGCGGAAAGAAGCGUAGCCGUAUUGUGGUGGCGGAUUCCAGUGAGGAUUCCAUCGAGAUGCUGUCAGAAACGAAGCAGGACAAGAGCAACUGCUUGAAUGCCAGCCGACUGAGCGAUGCCGCCCAGAAGAUGAACAACAGCAGCAAAAACUCCACCACCGAGACCUCUGAGACUGAGCUGGAAAACUCGAGGAGAAUGCUCCUUAACGAGCUGAACAAAUCAGAGCGUCUGAACAAGACCGUACCACGCCUGGACGUGACAGAAAUAGAGGACAAUUCCUCGACAGAUUCAGAGGAAAAGCCGGUGUCCAAGAAGGCAUCUUUCAAGGGAAGCGCAAGCGUUUACGAAGUCAUGGACUCCGACGAGUUCGAGGCACCCGAAGAGGUUAAGGAACCUUCCCACAAAGAACUAGAAACCUCAAAACGCAACGAGAGCAUCUACGAGGUGGAGGAGUCUGAUGAGGACCAGGAACCUGUAGCCGGCGAUGACAAGCUCUCCAUGAAGACGUCUGGCAAAUCCUCCGAUGAAGAAGCCGCCCUUCUCGACACAUUGGCUUCCAGUGAUCUGCGCCACCUGGCCACCAUGUUCAAUCCGCUCCAGAAGUCCCGUCGCCAGUCCCUCUACACGGCCAGUCAGGAGAUCAAUGCGAAGGAACCCAAACUGAAGCGUCGCAGUGAUCGAGGCUUGGCCAGCGACAAUUUCUGUCCCUCGACGUCCUUUGUGGAGAUGGUAGCCGAUCGGCAGCGCCUGAAGCGAAAGCAUCUCUCUAAGAGCUUUUCGGGUGCCCCCGAAGACUUGGACGAGGUGGAGCUACACCACGAUCGCAAGCGAUUGAAGAACUCGCCCUUGAAAUUCGAUGAGACAGAAAAAAAUGCAGAGGUUGCUGCUGAUUCGGAAAAACCUGCUGCUGAUCUGAAGCGAGCGUCCACAUCCUCAGAGGAGUUCGUCGAUGAUAAUUCGGAACUUUCGGAAGGGGAGAUUCCAAGAAAGUCCCUCCAAAAAGACGACUCCAAGAAUGUGUCGCUCCGGAAGGAUGCUGUAAAGGAGUCUUCUCCGGAAGUAGACCCAAAGGAAGGGGAGUCCGGGCUGAAGGAAGAUUCAGAAGUUGCCGAUGAGCAGCCGUCGACUUCCCGCGACGCACUGAAGCCAAAGGCCAAGCAACCGGAGUCGCUGUUCAAAACCAAGACUGUUGACUACUAUAUGGAGUACUGCGACAAAAUAUUCCAGGCCGCCAACGAGGCAGCUAUGAAUCAGAAGAAACAGCGAAUUGCUGCCGGCGGCAAAAAGCCCAAGAAUCUUAAACGAGCCUCCAUGUCGGGCACCAAGCCUGGAAAUAAAGACCCUGAAGCCGAGACGGUACCGAUUGAGAAGCCGCUCCCGGAAGAUUUGCCCAAAACCAGCCACAAGAUAGCUUCCAUCGCAACCAAAAAGGAAGCAAAGCCGACAACCAGUGCCAAAAAAGACGUAAAGCGCUUGCAAGCAACCCGCCAGGCUGUGGGUCAUGCUGUGAACCUUCUGACUGGAUCGGCGGCCACCAAAGAGCCACGCUCUCUGGCCAACAAGUUGGGGGCCAAGUCGCAGAUGGCCGCCAAGAAGCCGGGCAAAAAGCAAAAGCAGGCCAAGCUCAACAGUUCCGAUGAGGAGAACCACAACCGCAAGGUGACUCGAUUCCGAAACAACGCCGGCUACGUAACCGUUUUGGAGGGAACUCCUGCUAAACACAGCAUCGAGCUCAUCAGGACCAAGUCGGGCAUUAUGCGCGUCGAGCCGAGCACUCCGAAACAGAAGUACUUCCUCGAGAUGCCGGAAACUCCAAGGAACCUGCAGGGCGGAUUCCGCGAGGAGCCUUCAGGAUCUUCUGGGUGCCAUCUGAAGGGCAAGAAACCAGGCCGCAAGCAAGCACCAAAACCGGGCGAGGACAAGGGCAACUCCGCGAAGCAGUCGGCGCUGCGUUUCAAGGAGAGGGUCUUUGCCCGCAAGUUCUAGAGCUCCCAGAUUUAGGAAAACACAAUAGUAUUCGUCAGAAGAGUCAGUCAGGCACACACCAAUCUAAAGCAUGAUUAUUUUUUGUUUUGAGUUAUCUGUUUAAUUUCCAUUUUUCCCGUUUUGGUUUCAUAGCCUUUAUUGGAUAAUUCCAACAGAGUUGAAUUAUUUUUGUUUGUAUUGCGCUUAUUUGAAACGUUUUUUUUUUUCCAAAUUUAUUUUUUUCAUUGCCAUUGUUGCCACUGACUACUUUGACAUUUUCCAUACACACCACUCAUUCAAAUUAGAAAUUAUUACGUAUAUAAAUAAAAUGUUUGUUAAACCAAA